AUGUGCAAGCAAAGGCAGAAGGUGCGAUUAGCAGUCAAUGUGGAACUUCUGAAACCAGUACGUAAAAAGGAUUAUAAGGAGUACGAUAUUGUAUACUACCAGAACUUCUCCGACAGAGACUUUCUCAGAGUUUACGAUCACGAGGCAACGAGAAUCAUCCCAAAGAUUUCUCUCAACAUCAGUGGGAAUCUCUCCGUUCCUGAUAAUGUGAUGAUGUUUCUUGAAGCUUGGAAGAGAUCGAAGUUUAUCGACUGUCUUGGUCUAAAUAUGAAAAGGCAAUCGGCUGCAAAACCAUAUCUGCCUGUUGAGAAAAGUGUACAAGUAAUGUCAUCAUUGAUGAGAUAUCUCAUCACUUUCGACGUCUAUCCGUUCCUGUUUUGUGGUUCUUUGCUAGGGUGGUAUCGUGAGUGCAACAUUAUUCCGCAUACGAUGGAUAUUGAUUUUGCUGCUCCGAUUGAAGAAUACACACCGAAACUUCUAGAGGAUCUAGCUUCAGGAGGGAAAUUUUUCCUUCACAGAAAGUUUGGACUGCCAAAUGACAGUUUUGAAUUCACUGUCAAACCAAUGGAUAAAAGUCGCCCAACUGUGGAUCUAUUUUGGGUGUACACUACGAGCAAUGAAUCGUGGGUAGGAGGCACAUCAGGCGAUGGAACCAAAUAUAAAUACACCUAUCCUUUGCUUAUUGAGACAUGCGCUUGUGAUCUUCUCGGACAUAUCUUUUGGGUACCUUGCAAUCCACGGGAAGUCUUAGAGGCCGAGUAUGGACCAAGUUGGUACCUCGAUCAUCCAACCAGUUCAUUCUCGUGGAGCAGCUCCCAGCAUAACGUCAAAAAGAAUGGAAAGUGGCCAUCAUCUCUAAUGACCGAAGUUUACAAUAUUUUUCAGUGA